CUCAACUCAACAACAGUAUUUCGUCCAGUUUUCCUGUGUUGGAGAGUGUGACGUGUGAUGUGGUAACGUGUACGUGUAGUGUCAUGGUUGACGUGGUUGCAGUCACCGCUCCUGCAUCACUGUCAUCGUCAACACCAACACUAGAACAGGCAACGGCAGUAUCUCCAACAGUUUUAUCAUCACCGACACCACCACCUCCAACAACUUCUUCGUCACCAACACCUGAAACAAUUUCAUCAUCACUAACACUACCACCUCCAACAAUAUCACCACCAGCACCUCCAACGUCAUCACAACCAUGCCCCACCACCCUUCUCAUUGUUGCCUGCAGCUGCUGCUGGUGUUGCUCCUGCAGGUGCAGCUGCUGCCUGUGGGAGGCGUCACUGCCGAGGCUGGUCAGGGACGAGGUUCUCAACACAGGGUGCGGCUGCUGCUGCUGACGGGGAAAUCAGCCAAGGACGGACAUCAUAGACUCUUCCGGGCAGCCACGGGUGCUGGCUAUCUUACACAGAUGUUAGUGGUAGAGGAGUCGAGGCAGGAGGUGUCCAAGGUGCUGCAAGUUAUCAGGAAAGAACGUUAUGCAUCUGAUGAUCUUCUGGUGCUGACGAACAGCGAUGAGUACAUUCCGACGUGUGAGCCUGGUAUGCUAAUCUUGCGGGUGCUGGGGCACUUGCUGCAGGAGGAGGCAGAGGUGGUCAUGUCUUACCCUCCAAGGCCUCACAACCUCACCCUCCACCUCAAGGAAGAAUUCAAGCGAGUCAACAAUGAACUGAAAUUUCGGCUGAACAGCACAGGAGGGCACGUGACAGGUAAAGAACAUAGGACUGAGGACCUGCUGACGCUGAAGAAGCUGCUACACGAGCAGCAGGUGCUGAAGGUGCGGGAGCAGCAGCAGCUAAGACGUGCACCUCCAGACACGCAGAACUUCACAGCUUACGCCUUUGCGGGUUUGGUGCGCUCACUGGAAGACCUGCUUGCUGCUGCUGCUGGUGACGCUGCUGGUCCUGCUGGUGGGGUGCCUCUUGGCACGGCUAUUGCUACUCCUACCGGUACUUUUGAUGUUACUACUGCUACCGCAUCUCAUACCGUUGCUGCUGCUGCUACUACUACUACUACUAUACUACUACUACUACUACUACUACUACAACUAUUGACGAUGAGGCUGACGAUGUUACUCUCACUCAAACAGCUACUUCUAUUGUCAUGGCUCCUGUUACUGUUAGAGCUGUUGCUGCUGGUGUCAUUGCUCCAACUACAACUGCUGGCACUGUUGUUGACACGGCAGCUGCUGCGUCUGUUGCCGAUACUACGACAGAGGGACAAAGGUUCUCUGGCUCACAUCUGGGACUUGCUGGCUAGGGACGUAGUACUGAGGCACUCCUUGGCAGUGACACUCGACCACCACUCGCCAUCUUCCAGGACUCUGCCAGCAUCAAACCAGACAAGUUGGAGACGCAAUUACUGGGAGGAAAAGUUUAACAAUCUCAGUUUCCUUCUCCUAAGUACCUUUAGGAAUGUGGAGGAAUGGUCUAAGAGUGCCAGAGAGCCGAAGUCUGGCGUGGCACCCUUGGUAUACUCGACCUCAGGGGCGCCUCCACUCCACCUGCACAACAUGAUGGCCAGGGAGGUGGGUCUCAAACUCUCAUGUCCUCAAUGUCUGGACGAGCCCCGGAAACUCGCCAACAUCACGAUGAUGGAAUCGCCGCGGGUGAUGGUGGUGGUUGUGGUGGAACGACCUGUGCCAUACUUAAGGGUGUUUCUGAGUCGUCUUAAGCGUCUCUCCUACCCCAAACACCGCAUCUUCCUGGUGAUUCACGUCACCCAGCAGGCUCACCAGCACCUUCAGCAGGUGGAGGAAUUCUUGGAGGUCGUGGUAGAGCAGUACCUGGAAGUUGUCCUCCUGACACCUCAGCAGAACACUACCUUGACUGACGCUCGUCACCUCAUCUGGAAGUUGGUGAGGAAGGAGAACCUUGACUACCUCUUCCUACUGGAGGCCAACGCCCACCUUACCCACCCCGACCUCCUACAGCACCUCAUAGCCACCAGGAGAAGAGUAGUGGGUCCCCUGCUGGUGACUGACGACGGCAGCACCAACAACCUGCAGAGGACGCAGCAAGAGACGGAUAACCUGGUGGACGACACCCACCACAAGUUCCUCACCGGAUACACCAGUAAUGACGGGAGCGUGGACAUGAGAGGCCUCCUGCAGGUGGGUGCGGUGCGCUGCGCCCUCCUGCUGCAUCGCGAGGCUUACUCCUCCCUCAGGAUCAACUUUACUUCCUACGGGCUCGAUCCUACGGAAGAAUUCUUCACCCAACUCCUGAAGCAGGGCUACAUCCCAUACGUCAGCAACAAAGUGACUUAUGGCAAAUUAGUGAACGAGAAGAGCUACACCAACGAUCUGUGGAACCUGGACAAGAACAGCGAGGAAUUCCUCUACCAGUACAUGGAUCCUUCCCCCGGGAACAGCGGGACACCUCACCCAGUGUGCCCGCACCUCCGCACCCUCAAGGUCUUCACACGGUCCUUCGCCAGAGACCUAUUGCUCGAGGCGCAGACGAUGGCCUGGAACAACGCCUCUGACCAGGAGGGAAUCCAGGUGCUGGCUCCUCCCACCUCAGCUCCCAAAGAGGCCAUCAAUGUCUUGGUCCAGUCUACAAUAAGGAGUCUUUUUAGACACGAGAAUAUACAGGUGGCUGAGAGCGGGGGUCGAGUACAGCUGGUGCAUGGACCAGGACAGUACAUUCCAGAGGGGCAGCUGGUGGCCCUUGUUGCCCUCAGAGCAAAGAACCAGGGUGACCAGGUGGAGCUGGGGUCGACACCGUGCACGCUACAGCUGCGGGUGGGUGAAGUACUCUACUAUAAGAUUGGUCACUACCCCAUGGUCACACUCACGGGGUCACUCUCCCUGGCUGCCCUCCUGCUGUGACCUCACAGCACCGUGGUCACUCUCCCUGGCUGCCCUCCUGCUGUGACCUCACAGCACAAUGGUCACUCACCCUGGCUGCCCUCCUGCUGCGACCUCACAACUCAGUGGUCACUCACCCUGGCCACCCUGCUGUGACCUCACAACUCAGUGGUCACUCACCCUGGCUGUUCUUCUGCUGUGACCUUACCGCACAGUGGUCACUCUCCCUGGUUUCCCUCCUGCUGUGACCUCACAGCACGGUGGUCACUAUCCCUGGCUGCCCUCUCGCUGUGACCUCACAACUCAGUGGUCACUCACCCUGGCUGUCCUGCUGUGACCUCACAACUCAGUGGUCACUCACCCUGGCUACCCUCCUGCUUUGACCUCACAACAGUGGUCACUCCUGCUGUGACCUCACAACGGUGGUCACUCUUGCUGUGAUCUCACAACAUUGGUCACUCCUGCUGUGACCUCACAACAGUGGUCACUCUUGCUGUGACCUCACAACAGUGGUCACUCCUGCUGUGACCUCACAACAGUGGUCACUCCUGCUUUGACCUCACAACAGUGGUCACUCCUGCUGUGACAUCACAACGGUGGUCACUCUUGCUGUGACCUCACAACAGUGGUCACUCCUGCUGUGACCUCACAACGGUGGUCACUCCUGUUGUUUUACACAACUGGAUGAUCACCAUCAACGCAAACAACAACAGGUAAUAAAAACCAUCAACGGAAACAACAGACAAUAAAGACACUAACAGCAGUAACAACAGGUAAUAAAGGCACUAACAGUAACAACAGGAAAAAAGAUAUUAACAACAGGCAAUUAAGACACUAAUAACAGGUAAUAAAGACACUAACAGUAACAACAGGUAAUAAAGACAUUAAGAGUAACAACAGGUAAUAAAGAUUUUAACAGCGAAGACAUGAACAUUGACAAUAAGUGAUAAAGACAGUAACAACAGUAGCAUCAAGCAAUAAAGACAAUAACAACAGUAACACCAAGCAAUAAAGACAAUAACAACAGUAACACCAAGCAAUAAAGACAAUAACAACAGUAACACCAAGCAAUAAAGACAGUAACAACAGUAACACCAAGCAAUAAAGAGAGUAACAACAGUAGCAUCAAGCAAUAAAGACAGUAACAACAGUAACACCAAGCAAUAAAGACAAUAACAACAGUAACACCAAGCAAUAAAGACAGUAACAACAGUAACACCAAGCAA